UAGAGGAGGAGGGGGUGGCUCGCGCUGAGACGCACCGGACAGGACCCCCAUGCCUGCUCCAUAGACGCUCGCAGCUGCCCGGAGCGCACAUUGAAGGAGCGCACAGUGAAGGAGCACACAGUGGAGUAGCACACAGUGAAGGGGCACACAGUGGAGGAGCUGGGACAUGCUUUGGCCGCACUACAGCGAAUCUCCCGUGACUAUUUCUUUUCGACAUUACCUCUAAAACCCCGGAUGGUGUGCCGAGGUCGCUAUAGACGCAGCUGCAGAGUCCGCGCCCGUUUACCAUGAGCUGUUUGGAUGUUAUGUACCCAGCCUAUGGACAUUACGCACCGUACGCACCGAGCGCUCCUGCCUUCAUCAACAGUUUACAGGCCCCUACUGCUGUGACACCCUCUCACUGCAGGGACCGCAUGGACACUUCUAGGGGCCCCGAUGGACUGCCAGGGGGCCCAGGCAAUUCCUCUUCCUCCUCCACCUCCUCCUCUUCCACUGCCUCCUCACUGUCCUCUCCGGCCUCCUCCUACAUCACCGCGGGGACCAGGUCAGAGGAGGGCCCCAAAGACAAGUCCGCGGGCGCCCCUGAAGCCGAGUACCUGAGCUCCAGAUGUGUGCUGUUCACUUACUACCAAGGAGACAUCAGCAGUGUGGUGGACCAGCACUUCUCCAGGGCUCUCAGCUCCUACAUGGACGGAGAGGGUAAGAGGCGGGCCCCCGAGACCCACGGAACAGACGCCGCGUCCCCCAGUGGUAGGCGGAGCUUCCCUCCCUCCUUCUGGGACAGUAACUACCCCUCCCCCCAGAGUCGGCCGCACUGCGACCCUACCUCCUCGUACUCUGUGGACCCGUAUGCCUCAGGACUGCACCCGGGCCUGUCCCACCCGCACGCCCACCCGCAUGCCCACCCGCAUCCCCCAGAGAGCUGGGCCUACACUCAGCCUCAGUACGGACCCCCGAGAUCCCUGCACGAACUCUACUCUCCAUCGGCCCUGGAGCCACAUUACGGGCCCCUGCUGAUGCCUGCCGUGAGGCCGCCACACCUGCCCGCCAUGCCCGGCCACUACGAGGUCAGCAAACUGGAGCCGCCGAGCACCUGGCCCAGCCUCCUGCCCACGGGGGAGGUGGGACAGAGCCUGACCCUCAACAUGGACACAGGCCUGCCACAGCACAAGAAAGCUAAGGAGCUCUACUGGUUCUAACGAGCCCCGGACCACCAGCCAAUUAGCCCCCGCCCCCCACCACCCUGCCACCAC